GAGAGAGAGAGAAAGAAAGAGGAUAGCAAGGCAGCUAGAGAGCUGAGAGAGAGAGACGAUUGAGUGGGAGUGAUAGAGUGAUAGAUGAUGGAGGUGCAGUCAGAGUGUACGGAGCCUCCUGUGGGCCCUCAGUAUGACCCUCAGCCCACAGGGAAGAUCAACAAAGCUGCCUUCAAACUCUUCGGAAAGCGACGCACCGGCUCUGGAAUGGCCAGCUUCUUCUCCUUCAGGAACAAAGGGUCCACAAACAGCGGGAACAACGGAAAUUCUGACAAUGGAAAUUCUUUGAAUGGAAACAGCUCGGCAGCAUCGGUGGAGCUCGUCAGGAGCAAAACCCAUGAUGGACUAACGAGCUCUAACAACGACACUGAUGGACAGAGAGGGGAGGGGCUUGCUAGCCUGGAGGCUGGACCGGUGAGGUCUCUCAGCAAAUCGCUGAGUUUCUUCUCUCUACUCCGACGGGGGAGUUUUAGGUCGAGUGAAAAUGGGGGGGCGGGUCUUGUCAGAAGAGGGAGGGGCCUGAAGGGUUUUUUUAGCAGCAUGCGAUGGAGACGCAAGGAAAAAACAAACGAAGGAGAGGGGGAAGAGGUGGAAGGUAACAAGGAGAAGGAUGGAGAUAGUACCAACUCUGAGAAGGUAAAGGAUAUUACUCUCACCCUUGAACCGCCUCCGCAUCAUCACCAAGAGGAUUGUGGGAAUGCAGAGGCAGAACCUAACCUCCAUGCAACAGAGACUCCAAUUACUAGUGUUACCAUGACACCCCCACACUGUGUUUCCAUGCCAGGGCCAUCUGUUGAGCCAGACUCCCCCUUUCCUUACACACCCACUGACUCUCCACUGCGCCCUCCCAUCCAAAAAGCCAAAGCUUCAAUUUCCAGCCUCACCCCCUCCCUCGCUACACCCCCUUUGGAUCGUUACAGCACGGGUGACCCACCCUCAGAACCUUCGGUGGACAGACUCUGCUCUCUCCUCUUUACUGACGUCACAUCCCUCAAGAGCUUUGAUUCACUGACAGGCUGCGGUGACAUUAUUGCUGAUGCAGAUGAUGAUGGGCCAGCAGGAAAUGGGGGCAGUGGAACAAGCAGCAGCAGCAGUGGGGGAGGAGGGGUCACUGUAGGAGCAGGUGUUGGGAGAGCUGUUGGCAUCACUAGUGCCACAUCCCGCUGUUCCCCAUCCAAAUCGCCUCUACCUUCCCAGCUCACCCAGCCCAUUUUUGCUGUUUCCUCAAGCUCAGUGCCUGCCUCCCUCCCAGCCCGGGCUCGGGCACCGCCUCCACCACAGCAGCAGCCAGCUGGUAGUGGUGUGGUGGCUUACAUGGGUGGAGGGGAAGAAAUGGCGAGUCCAGAGGGAGUGGACGAUGCAGACAUGCAAGGGCUCUGGCACAUGCUGCCCUCGACAGGCGACAAUUCUCCUGCUUUGCCCCGAUCACACCAAUCUGCCUCCACCACCCCCACUUCCACUUAUCCUCCUCGCACCAACCCUUCCAGCAGCCACCUGCCUGUAGCCCCAAGGAGUUCAGACCGAAAGGUACCCCAGGUGAAGGCAUUGGGACUCAGUAAAAUUCCAGUAGUUGGUGGAGCAGGAAGUCGGGCAGCUAAACCCCCCCUCCCUCACACACAUGGCCGUCAUCCCACUUCACCUGGUGAAAAAGAGGCACUCAGCGAUGAGGGCUACUGGGACACACCUUCAGCGACACCCACAGCAACACCCGAUGAGAGUGGGCUGCAGCGUAACCAGAAGAUGGCUCUAUCACGCGACAGUUGCUCUGGAGACCACCUGUAUGACCUUUAUAAUGACCCUGAAGAGGAAGAAGAUGAUGAAGAGCAGGAAGGGGAUGAAGAUCUAAACAGUACUCCCUCUCCAUCAACUGAAUAUAAACUGAGCCCCACAUCCCAAACAACUCCUCCUUCUUCUUCCUCCUCUUCUUCCUUCCGAUCAAUGAAAGGCAGCGCCAGCCUUCCUCGGGAAUCCAAGAUCCCGGUGAGCACCAGACAAACCCCGCCUCCCCACUCUGUAAGCCAGUCAGCCCUGUCAUCCGUCCCAGAGGCUGAAUCCCCUCCACCAAAGACCCAAGCACCUCCCCCAACUCGCACCAGGAUCCCUGUGUCCAAGGUGCCUGUCCGUCGUUCUGGAAGCCAACCCGGCAACAGAGGAACUACCCACAAGAAGUAGUUUCUGUCCAUAAGGACAUCUUUACAGUACUGUUUGUGCAGAGCCGAAAGUUUUCCCAGACCGAGAAAUGUUGAGCUGUGGAGUUAACAGCCUAUAAAUUCCUCUCAGAUUUUAAAAGCACUCAUUCCUUAACAAUUUUGGCUUGCGACAAAUAGAAUAAGUGGUUUUGUUCACUUGAAAAUGUCACAAGGAGACUCCAAAAAGCUGGGUUAACAACUUCUUGGCCCUCACAGGAACUUUGGAGGUUGACUCUUGACAAUCCAUGCACUUGCAAUAGGCACAUUUACCAUUCCUGGAAAAACUCCUGACCUGUUGAGAAUGAGUUUGAUGGCUACUUUGAUUCAACUCAUGACAGCACACUGCAAAAAAAACGACAAAAAAACCUUGCAUUUUUCUAUGGAAUUCCACAUGGCAUGACUCAAUUUGCCCAAAAGGACCUAAUCUAAUCAAAGUUUUUUUUUUCUUUUUGAGGAUGACAUCUUGUCUAAUCUGUAACAAAUUACCUCCUAAUCCUCUGAUUUUAGAGCCAAAGUUAAGGAAAAAAAAAAAAACAAACAAAAAAAAAAACUCUUCAUUUCACAGUCUGUCUGGAACAAACUCAGCAACAUCCACAGCCUUGGAAAACUCACAUUUUUUUGUGUUGCUGUUUAAUGUGUAUUUCGCUUUUCGAAGAUGGUCUUCUUCUGACCGCACACUGAUAAAUAAACAGUUUGUGCAUAUAUGAAAUUGGAUUCUGGGAUCUGAACUGGUUUUAUGAUUUACUUUGCAGCUACAAAUGUGGCAAAGCUUUCUUGCAGUAUCCUGCCACAAUAGUAUCUUGUUUUUUUUGGUGGUGGAGACCCUCCACUUUGUCGACUGCUUAACUUUUCAUCAUGGACUUUUGGCUUCAGCCUGUUACAUCUGGAUCUCACCUAUACCCCACUGCAUCACUGGAAGUACAUCCAUAGGAUGUCAAUCUCUGGGAUUUACAACUGUUGAAUUUACUACCGGAAACCUGAAAAACUAUUGCAAUACUCUAUCUGGAGGGGUCGCUUGCACUGAUGCUUUCAAAACCACACACACACAUACAAAAUCGUACAUGCACACAAGCAUUUUCUCUCCUUUUCUGCAUGCAGUGCCACACAUAGAAGGCACAAAGGCCAGGAACAUCAUCUAACACUGAAGAAUCUCAGAUACAUACACUGUUUAACCUUUGGCACCGUAUUUGUAGCUACACUGGAUGACUUUCUUCUCUAAGGACACAUGCUCAAAUAACCCAUUUUUUCUAGUUAGUUUUCUUCUUCUUUGGAUUUCAUACUGUUUUUCUAGGCUCC